AUGUCGAAUCUUGCAAAGCUUGAAUUUAUGGCUUUAGACAUCACUGAAAAAAAUUAUUUGUCAUGGGCUUUGGAUGCUGAAAUCCAUCUAAACGCCAAUAAGCUUGGGCACACAAUUAAAGAAGGAAAUAAAACAAGUACCCAAGAUAAAACAAAGGCAAUGAUUUUCUUACGCCACCAUAUUCAUGAGUCAUUGAAAAAUGAAUAUCUCACUAUCAAAGAUCCACUCGUCCUAUGGACCAAUUUAAAAGAAAGGUAUGACCAUCAGAAAAAAGUAAUAUUACCAAGAGCUCGUUAUGAAUGGAUUAAUUUAAGGUUGCAAGACUUUAAGUCUAUAAGUGAGUAUAACUCAGCAAUGUUUAGAAUCACGUCACAAUUGAUCCUAUGUGGUGAAAAUAUUACUGAUAAGGAGAUGUUGGAAAAAACAUUCUCCACCUUUCACGCCUCAAACAUUGUCUUGCAACAACAAUAUCGUGAAAGGGGCUUCACCAAAUACAGUGACUUAAUAUCUUAUUUGCUUGUGGCUGAGCAAAAUAAUGAGCUACUAAUGAAAAACCAUGAAACUUGUCCGGUUGGUACAACCCCAUUCCCAGAAGUGAAUGUGGCAACAUAUAAUGACCAAAGUGGAAGACACGAUCGUGGUCGUGGCUAUCAACGUGGGCGUGGUCAUGGUCGUAGUCGUGGUCGUGGUCAUGGACGUGGUCGUGGACGUGCAUAUGGUCAGGGGAAUUAUCAUGGUGUUCAAUUCAAAAAUAAAAGAACCCACCAGAAGGAAGUUGCAUGA